GCUUCCUUUAUCUGUAGAUUGACAAUUAACCUAAUGGUGGUAGCUUUAAACUAGGAAUAGUAUAUUAGGAGUAAAUCCAGAUAUAGAUUGUGAUUAAUUGUGUUGCUAUGAGUAAUCCAAGUCUGAAUGUUUAUAACUUACCCUCUUCUGUUAUCAUGAAGAAAGCUAGGGGUGCUUAAAUUGUGUCUGUGUUAAUUAACUCCAGUUAACAAAAUUUCAUCCAUAUAACAUUAAAUACCUAUCCAGUUGGUUUAAUAUUAAUUAAAAUUGUGGUUCCCAGGAUGUCCUUUUCUAUGUGUGUUGAAAAUCUUUGUUGCAAAUCACUACCCUUGGAGGACAAAAAUAUUUAUAUAAUUUCCUCUCUUACUGAAAUCUGUAGACUUUGAAGUGUUUAGCUUUAAACUGAAUUACUAUCCAAGAAUGCAAAUGUAAAUGGCACUGCUUAUAUAUUCUUAUUUUUAAAAAAUAUCUUGAAACAGCAGGUUUCCUAUCAGCUUUCUGUGAGCAGGGCUAUCAGUGUGGCUUGCCCUGAGGUGCUACCUGGACAAAGUGUUGAUAGCCCAUGAUGUUCUGGUGAUGUAUUUCCAUGUGAGCUAAGAAAGCUUUGGUUGUUGUCAAAAGAGAUGACUCAUCUCAAUCCUCACCUCCCUGUGUGAAAAGUCAGGGAGUUUCUGUGCUUGAAAAUAAUAGACUGGUAUUUGAGUGUGACAGCAGAAAAAACACAGUGUGCAGAGUUUGGGCUCUGUAAGCAUCUUAGGGUGCUAGCUGUCUCCCUGGAAAUCUGAUGUGGAAGCAGUGGGCUGUGACUGUCUGUCGGAGUGUUUAAACUGUGCUUUCAGCUGUGCUCAACCAGUAUAUUUAAAAAUAAAUACAAAUAUUACAAAACACCAAUAAGCCACAAUUGACUUCCUUCCAAAGAAAACAGACUUUGGCAAACGCUAUGCCACUGUAAUUUUUCAUUACUUGGGGAAGUGGGAAGAGCAUAACAGUAUCUUCUAGAUGGGGGGCAGAGAUGAAAAUGUGGUUUUAUAGAAAACAGUUUGGGCCAUGUUUCCAGAAAAAUUAAGCUGCAAUCAUCAAAUGCAAUUAACAUUCUGUCCAAAGUUUUGUUUUUCUCCCAUAGGAAGAGUAUAAGAUUGGAUGGAAGGCAGGGGACCCAGGCCAGGCCCAGAGUAAAUGGCAGCCCAGGAGAGGGACCUCUUUGGUGUUCCCCCUCAAUUUGUUCAACCUCUUUGUAUUGUAUUUAUUUCUCAUUGCACAACCUUGAUGCAUGUUUUGCAGGUUGUAUGAUUUAUUACUGUCUUCUAAAAUGACAAUUUUACACUCAAAUCACACACAUAUAAACACACUCUUUAAAGGAACAUUUAUGUUGUAAUUUUUCCCAUUAAUCAUCAUCAUCAUUUUUAAAGAAUACGAUGAUGAUUAACACAUGCAGGUCAAUGUUGCCAGCUUUACUACAAAUGAAGAUUGUUCUGUAAUAUUUGUUUCAUCUACUCAGGAGAUAAUUGAUUAUAUACCCUGGUGCCAUCAUCAGCCAUACCCAGUUGACCCAGGUGAUUGCCUAGAUCACUCACUCCAGUUCUUGUCCUGCAGAGGACACCUCAUCCUUUUGCUUCAAUGCUGGAACAGGAUCCACCAUUAUCAGUUCUGAGAAAGGAGGCAGAAUAGGAGUGGAGAUUCCUGUCUUUUAUGACCCACACAAAACCUUGUUCCUCCAUGUCAAAAAUAAAGAGGUUAUGAGCACACAGAAGGUGUAUUUAUUUAUGGAAAUUAUUGUGACCAAGAGGUGGUGGCCAAAGCAAAGUCAAUUGUCUAUUUUCCUAUAAAGGAAAGGGAUGUAGCAGUGGUGUUUUUAUUUAUCAGAAAGUCCCUCCUAACUCUGAAGUUCACAUUCUUAGAAUACAGAAUUGAGAACGUUAUCAAUUCAUACUUUGAAUUUAUCAGAUAAUUUUGCAUAAAUCUGGAAUGCAACAGGGAAGCUUUGUAUCUGACUUGAGAGACUCUUGAUCCAUUUGGUUGCACAAAAUAAUUCAUUUUGGUGGCCUGAGAUUUGGCAGUGCCAUAUGAGUGCUAGUUAGAGUGCAGCUGUGCUCUAGUGGAGUGGAGGAAAUGAGGUCUAAAAAUAAGCUUUGGCAAAGGACCCAUUCAUCAUUUUAUCUAGCUAAGUUUUCCUUCACUGCUUUCCCAUCUAGAGUUAUAACACUAUAUUUUCUGUUUAAACAACUACUAAUGCAUUAGAGUGUAAUUCAGCACAAUUAUGGCAAGACAUGGCCUUUAUUUUUGUGGUUGAACAGUUCAUAAACCCGUGCCAAGCAAGGCAUUUUAAAAGUAAUUCUGUAUCCAAAUGGACACCCAGUGGACACAAAUGGGCACAUAACAUUUCAUCACUGAAUGAAGAACACAAAUUCAGAGUGGAAGCCACUGAAACAUUGACUAGAGGUAUGACAUUUUAGUGAAAUUGAAUAAACAGUAGAUUUCAAUAGGGGCACAUUAUACAAUAAUCAGUUAUUACAAACCACCAGUCUUUCUGAAAAACUUACAUAAAUCUCCUUAUAUACUAUGAUGUCUGGUUCUCUAUCUUUAUUCUUUUUUGUCAGAAUUCUGCUAUAGCAGGGCAUGAAUCAUAAACAGCAGUGUUUAAUUCGCUUUUUAAUUCUUGUAUCUACUGGUGUAUGGGCAGGCUAGAAAGAAUUUUGCUAGGCUAGUAAUUUGCAAGGCUAUAUUCACUCCCUGUUUGUUUUGUUUUUAUUUUGAACCACUUUCACCUCAAUCCAAUUGUCAGGACUUGUACAUGGUAGAGAGGCUUCCAUGUGCAACACAUUUGAAUGAAAAAACGAACACCCAGUAACAAUUUCUUUAAAAAAAAGUCCUGAUGCCAAGAAAAUGGAAGAACAUGAGGACACUGAUGACAACCACCUCACUGGUUAUGCAGUUCAAUUUAGCAUCCAGGAAUCUCUUGAAAGUGAAAGGAGACGGCAAAUGUCUUCCCCCAGUCAUGAAACAAGGUGUCUACCAGUCAGUGAUCAAAACAGGAAACUUGUAGCUGCAAUAAGAGAAGGUCAAGUAUUUGAGCUUCAAACCUAUGUGAAAUACAAAUAUGCUUUGGAUGAAGCUGAUGAGAGAGGUUGGUUUCCUUUACAUGAAGCUGCCACUCAACCAAUUCAGCAGGUACUUGAAGUAAUAUUGGAUGCAUCUUAUAAAGCGAUGUGGGAAUAUAAAACAUGUGAUGGAGAGACACCAUUAACUUUGGCAGUCAAAUCGGGUCAUGUGCAAAAUGUCAGGACGCUGUUGGAAAAGAGGGUCUGGCCCAAUACUACUAACGGAAAAGGAGAGACACCUCUUCUGAUUGCAAUAAAACAUGGCUCAUAUGAAAUGGCUUCCAUUCUGAUUGAAUACAACUGUACCAUCAAUCAGCCAUGUGUAAAACGCUGGUCAGCAAUGCAUGAAGCUGCAAAACAGGGUCGCGCUGACAUUGUUGCUCUUCUCCUGAAGAAUGGUGGAAACGUACACCUAAGAGAUGGAUAUGGAGUAACUCCAUUAGGUGUGGCUGCUGAAUAUGGUCAUUGUGAUGUGCUGGAGCAUCUCAUUCAUAGAGGUGGCGAUGUUUAUGCUACAGCUGAUGAUGGCUCAUCAAUACUGUUUGAAGCAGCUGGAGGUGGUAAUCCAGACUGUAUAGCUUUGUUGUUGGAAUAUGGGGGAAGUGGUAAUUUGCCUAAUAAGGCAGGGCAUCUCCCUAUCCAUCGAGCAGCAUACGAAGGGCAUUAUUUGGCCUUGAAAUUCCUAAUUCCAGUUACAUCCCAAACUGCAAUCCAGAAAAGUGGGCAGAGUCCCAUCCACUCAGCAGCAGAUGGCCAACAUCCACAGUGCCUAGAACUCCUCAUUGAAAAUGAUUUUGAUGUCAAUGCCUUCCUGGCAGAACACAUUUCUCAAAGUUAUGAUGAUGAAAGGAAAACAGCACUUUAUUUUGCUGUUUCCCACAAUGACAUCCUCUCAACCGAACUAAUGCUACAAGCUGGUGCAGACCCAAAUAAAGACCCCCUCAACUGCCUUCUUGUAGCAGUGAGAGCUGGCAACCAUGAAAUCGUAAGGUUGCUUCUUUCUUAUGGAGCAAAUGUCAACUGCUACUUUAACCUUGUGAAUGACACCCAUUUCCCCAGUGCUAUUCAGUAUGCCUUGAAUGAUGAGGUAAUGCUGAGGCUCCUGCUGAAUCAUGGAUAUCGCGUGGAUCUGUGUUUUGACUGCAUGCAUGGGGACAUCUUUGGAAAUUCUUUGGUGUGGUCAGCUCUGGGGGAAGAGGAAGUGCUACCAGGAUGGACAUCUUGUGUAAUUAAAGAUACUCCAUUCUGUGACUUUAUUACUGUUCCUUGGAUGAAGCAUUUAGUUGGAUCCAUUGUUCACAUUUUGAUAGAUUACAUGGACUAUGUUCCCCUGUGCACAAAACUAAAGUUUGUCUUGGAGACACAGAAAGAAUGGGCAGAUAUCCGGCAAAUAUUAGAGAGUCCUCGCCCACUAAAGCAUUUGUGCCGUCUGAAAAUACGUAAAUGUAUGGGAUUAGAGAGGAUCCAGAAGCAACGGUCACAGAAGAAGCUUCCCCUUCCGCCAGUUCUUAAAGCAUAUAUCUUAUACAAAGAGUAUGAUCUUUAUGGAAGGGAGCUACAUUUGGCAGGAUUUUCGGAAUCCUUACCUUGACACAUUUACUUGGACGUUAAGUUUAGAAUAACCAUGCUUGUAAUAAGGGUACCAAAAUUGCACACUAUGGGUUUGUAUCCAGAAAUGUCCUUUGGCUUUUCCACACCUUGCUCUUAUGUGUUGUCUGAGAAAAGGUAAACUAAAUCCAGAUAUGUUCUUCCACUUGCACAGUCAUUAGCAUGAGAACUGCUGUCAAGCUUUGGCGUUAUGGCGCCGUGUGAACUCUUGCACAAAUUCCACAAACUUAUUCAGAUUUCUGAAGAACAGCCCCAAAAGCCGUUUUCCUUUUCCUCGUGGUUCUUUGGCUGCAACACACACACACUUUGACUUUCUCAUAUAUUAGUAUAUCCACAUAGCAAUAUAAAUAUAUUGUUCACAUGAUACAAAUAACUGCCCCUCACAAUAUGUAUCACAAUUAAAUUCUAGAUAUUUUAACAUGAAUAGAUAUCAUACAAUGCAGCUGCAUUUCUUUAAGUGUGGCAAAGGAGACUUAAGUGUCACCUAGUGUUCUUGGGUACAUGGGCAAGAAAUCCAAAAUACACAUAUCAGGUGUCUGUCCACCCAACUAUGACAUUGCUGAAAUCAGUUCUUUCAGUCAAUCGUAAGGCAGAUUUGCAUGAGGACAAAGGACUGCAGGGUUCCAGUGAUUUUUUUAAUAGGUCAUGUGAGCCCCUGCAGCCUUUCAUAUUUGCGCAAUUGCACAUAAAAGCCGCAUCCCCUCUCUCUCCCCUUUCCCCCCUCACCUAUAAAUCUUGUUCCAGUGGAGGAAAUUUCACCAUUGUGAGGAAAGGAGCUUCCCAGUAUUUGGCACUGGGACAGUGCACAUGUACAGUGAUGCCAGUAUGGUAGAGGGAUCUGCAUAUCUCUCUUUUAUGUUCAGUUUGUGAUAAAACAUAAUAAAACCUUACUGUUGCUUUU